AUGGCUGUUUCUAAAGGGGCGCGCCUGCUGCAGCAGCAGCAGCGAGGGAAGCAGCUGCAGCGGACAGCUGGAGGGCCCAAAAGCCGAAGCGGGGUAGCUGCUUUUGCUGCAGCAGCAGCAGCAAAGGCAGCAGCAGCAGCACAGCCGCGCCACCACAAGCAGACAUCGCUCGCAGGCAAGGCUAUAGCGGAACAGCAGCAGCUGCUGCAGCAGCAGCUGCUGCAGCAGCAGUCGAUGCAGCAGCAGCGGUUGCUGCAGCGGCUGCUGCAGCAGCGGUUGUUGCAGCAGCAAACGGUGCCAGCAAAUAGGAGGGGCCCCCUGAAGGGAAAGAGGGCCCCUGUGAGGACCAAAUCAAAUGCUGCGGUUUCCAGUCCAGUGACCCUCCACAGCUCCUUGCUGCUGCCUGCUGGGGCCACCGCAGCAGCAGCAGCAGCCGGAGCAGCAGCAGCAGCAGCAGCAUCUAGUGAAGCUGCAUGCGCACCUGCUGCUUCCCCCCGCAGCGAAGUGUCUUUGCCUUCAGCAGCAGAAAGCCCCAAGUCUCUGGGCGACACGGGGUGCCCCACAGGGCAGCCUGCGCACAGCAGCAGCAGCAGCAGCAGCAGCAACUGCAGCAGCAGCAGCAGCAGCAGGGGCUUCUUCAGCUGGCUCUCAAGAGCUUUCUGGGGGGCCUCCCACUCGUAA